AGUCCUAGCUACUUAAGAGGCUGAAGCAGGAGGAUCGCUUGAGCCCAGGAGUUCGUGGCUGCAGCGAGCCACAAUUGCGCAAUUGCAUCCCAGCCUGGGUGACAGAGUGAGACUCUGUAUCAAAAAAAAAAAAAAAAAAAAAAAAAUCCCCGAGGAGCUGUGAGCCAUGGCCGCAGGGGGGAGGAGGGAGUGAGAGAAGGCCUCCAAUCACUCAUCAGCAGUGGGAUUGCAGGGAGAGCACAAUAUCAUGCAUCAGUAUUAUGUGUGGGUGGGAAAUGCCUCAGUUUCUCCCACCCCUGUGGGGCCACAGGACUACAGUUCCCAGGGGUCCCUGUUCUAGUCUGGAGGCCUCUAGCCAAAGCUGGCCUGUAAUCUGACCAUCCCUCUCGAAAAGGUCACUUCAGAGCUCCUUGAGGGACAGCAACAGGGGGAGCUCAGAGCAGCUUUGGUGGGGGUGGGGUGAGGCAGUGGCCCUGCCUCAGACAACCUCCCCCACAACACCCCUUGGAACUCGGGGUCCUGGUCCACCUUCUUGCAGACACCCAGUGUUCUCUGCGAGCUGCACCUCUUCUGUGCAGGGCACUCUGACCCUCAGCUCCUGGCCCCUCAGCCUGCAGGGGGACCUGCCACAACACCUGGACUCCCUCCCCCAGUGCAGCACUCUGCCUACUGCAUUUGUCUCCAACUCUGCAAAAGGCAGGGACAAGGGACAGAAGACAUAAGACCUGGAGGAAGUAGGUCAGCACAGGGCAGUGAACAAGACAGGCUGGGUUGGCCUGGCCCUAUGGAGCUGGUCCCUCCCUCCCUUCUCCUCUGCUCACCCCAAAAUAGAUCCCUGAGCUGCCAGGCCAAGACCCUCCCAUUGCAGGGGGAGGCGGGGCAUGCUGCCCAGAGCCAGGCUUUAAAUCCCCUCAGGGCUGGGGAGCUCCACUCCCUGGCUGGAGGCACCGCUGAGGCCACUGUCCCCUUGUCCGUCCGUCCAUCCAUCCAUCCUUCUGGCCUGUCCUCCCACAGCCAUGUCCCGGCCCCUGUCAGACCAGGAGAAGAGAAAGCAAAUCAGUGUGCGUGGCUUGGCCGGCGUGGAGAAUGUGACUGAUCUAAAGAAGAACUUCAACCGGCACCUACACUUCACACUCGUAAAGGACCGCAAUGUGGCCACUCCGAGAGACUACUACUUUGCGCUGGCCCACACCGUGCGCGACCACCUUGUGGGCCGCUGGAUCCGCACACAGCAACACUACUAUGAGAAGGACCCCAAGAGGAUCUACUACCUGUCUUUGGAGUUCUACAUGGGACGGACGCUACAAAACACCAUGGUGAACUUGGCCUUGGAGAAUGCCUGUGAUGAGGCCACCUACCAGCUGGGCCUGGACAUGGAGGAACUGGAAGAAAUCGAGGAGGACGCAGGGCUGGGCAAUGGGGGCCUGGGCCGGCUGGCAGCCUGCUUUCUGGACUCCAUGGCGACGCUGGGCCUGGCUGCCUAUGGCUACGGGAUUCGCUAUGAGUUUGGGAUUUUUAACCAGAAGAUCUGCGGGGGCUGGCAGAUGGAAGAGGCUGAUGACUGGCUUCGCUACGGCAACCCCUGGGAGAAGGCCCGACCCGAGUUCAUGCUGCCUGUGCACUUCUAUGGCCGAGUGGAGCACACCAGCCAUGGGGCCAAGUGGGUGGACACGCAGGUGGUAUUGGCUAUGCCCUACGACACACCCGUGCCUGGCUACCGCAACAAUGUUGUCAACACUAUGCGCCUCUGGUCAGCCAAGGCACCUAAUGACUUCAACCUCAAGGACUUCAACGUUGGUGGCUAUAUCCAGGCUGUGCUGGACCGCAACCUGGCGGAGAACAUCUCUCGUGUCCUGUACCCCAACGACAACUUCUUUGAGGGGAAGGAGCUGCGGCUGAAGCAGGAGUACUUUGUGGUGGCCGCCACCCUCCAGGACAUCAUUCGUCGCUUCAAGUCCUCCAAGUUUGGCUGCCGUGAUCCCGUGCGCACGAACUUCGAUGCCUUCCCAGAUAAGGUGGCCAUUCAGCUUAAUGACACCCACCCCUCCUUGGCCAUCCCUGAGCUGAUGAGGAUCCUGGUGGACCUGGAACGGAUGGAGUGGGACAAGGCGUGGGAAGUGACAGUGAAGACCUGCGCCUACACCAAUCACACGGUGCUGCCCGAGGCCCUGGAGCGCUGGCCGGUGCACCUCAUGGAGACACUGCUGCCGCGGCACCUCCAGAUCAUCUAUGAGAUCAACCAGCGCUUCCUUAACCGGGUGGCGGCCGCAUUCCCAGGGGACGUAGACCGGCUGCGGCGCAUGUCCCUCGUGGAGGAGGGCGCAGUGAAGCGCAUCAACAUGGCACACCUGUGCAUCGCAGGUUCGCACGCCGUCAAUGGCGUGGCUCGCAUCCAUUCUGAGAUCCUCAAGAAGACCAUCUUCAAGGACUUUUAUGAGCUGGAGCCUCAUAAGUUCCAGAAUAAGACCAAUGGCAUCACCCCUCGGCGCUGGCUGGUUCUGUGUAACCCCGGGCUGGCAGAAGUCAUUGCUGAGCGCAUCGGGGAGGACUACAUCUCAGACCUGGACCAGCUGCGCAAACUUCUCUCUUUUGUGGAUGAUGAAGCCUUUAUCCGGGAUGUGGCCAAAGUGAAACAGGAAAACAAGUUGAAGUUCUCUGCGUACCUAGAGAGGGAGUACAAAGUCCACAUCAACCCCAACUCACUCUUUGACAUCCAGGUGAAACGGAUUCAUGAAUAUAAACGACAGCUCCUCAAUUGCCUCCAUGUCAUCACCCUGUACAACCGCAUCAAGAAGGAUCCCAACAAGUUUGUUGUGCCUCGAACUGUGAUGAUUGGAGGGAAGGCUGCACCUGGGUACCACAUGGCCAAGAUGAUCAUUAAACUCAUCACAGCCAUUGGGGAUGUGGUCAACCAUGACCCAGCAGUGGGAGACCGCCUCCGUGUGAUCUUCUUGGAGAACUAUCGAGUUUCACUGGCUGAGAAAGUGAUCCCGGCUGCUGAUCUCUCGGAGCAGAUCUCCACUGCAGGCACUGAGGCCUCAGGAACUGGCAACAUGAAGUUCAUGCUCAAUGGAGCGCUGACCAUUGGCACCAUGGACGGGGCCAACGUGGAGAUGGCAGAAGAGGCGGGAGAGGAGAACUUUUUCAUAUUUGGCAUGCGGGUGGAGGACGUGGAAAAGCUCGACCAGAGAGGGUACAAUGCCCAGGAGUACUAUGACCGCAUUCCCGAGCUUCGCCAAAUCAUUGAGCAGCUGAGCAGCGGCUUCUUCUCCCCCAAACAGCCCGACCUCUUCAAGGACAUUGUCAACAUGCUCAUGCACCAUGACCGGUUUAAAGUCUUUGCAGAUUACGAAGACUACAUUAAGUGCCAGGAGAAAGUCAGUAACCUGUACAAGAACCCGAGAGAGUGGACGCGGAUGGUGAUCCGGAACAUAGCCACCUCUGGCAAGUUCUCCAGCGACCGCACCAUUGCCCAGUAUGCCCGGGAGAUCUGGGGUGUAGAGCCUUCCCGCCAGCGCCUGCCGGCCCCUGAUGAGAAGAUCUGAGCCUCCAGACCAGACCCCAAACCCUUGGCCCAGCCCCAGCUCCUCAUGCAGAGGGUGGGGUAUUGGAGUCAGUUCUCUAAGCCCCUUUUUGGAAUCCUCAUUUUUCCCCAGCCUCCAGGCCUCAGUGUCCAGCGUGACUAAGGACACUAGUGCCCUUCUGUCUUCAGGCUUUCUGCCCCCUCCUAUUUAUGGGGUCUGACCAACUGCACCCAUUCCCCAAUAAAUUGUCUCUCCUUGGGAGUCUCCUUA